AUGGCAGACGACGGGCCUCCCUCUGCCGAUGGCGGGCUCGACUCGCCCAUCCCGAGUCCGUUCAAUUUCAAGACGCAAGUCAUCUCCACCACGCCCAUCAAGUCGAAUAUCGGACAGCGUCGCGGCCACCGGUACAAACACAGUUCCAUCUCCGCCCAACAUCACAUCUUCAAAGAGCCACCACCGCGCCCGCCUCCCGUCCUCCCUGCAUCGCUGCCCAUUCCGACCCUGAAGGAAGCCCGCGAGCGCAUGACCACAGAGCAGUGGCAUAGCCUGUACUGGUCGCUCUGCCACGUGGCCGUGGCCGCGUUCCUGUUCUUCCGCUCCAGGGGCUCGCUCGGAAUCAUGGCCCUGUCGCACCUCGUCUUCUUCGACGCCGGCAGUGCCCUCAUCUGCGUCGCCGUCGACGUCCUCGGCAACUUCGAGGUCUGGCGCCGCAGCAGCAUCCGCCACCCCUUCGGUCUCGAGCGCGCCGAGGUCAUCGCCGGGUUCGCCAUGUCUAUCUUUCUGCUUUUCGGCGGCUUCGACCUUGUCUCCCACGGUCUGAAGCACUGGCUUGACACCAAGGGCGGCCACGAGCCUCAUCACGACCAUUCCCACCAGUACGUCCCCUCGGGCGAACUUGAAUGGGUCGCCUGUGCCGGGAUAUUCAGCACCCUCGUGUCGGCCUACUGGGUCAAGAACCACGCCCGGAUUGCCCGCAUCAUGCGCUCCUCCUGGCUCUCCAUCCUCUCCCACCACUUCACCAACGUCUUCCACGUCCUCACCAUCUUCUUCUCCAUCCUCCUUCUUCUCCUGCCCCUCCUCCCCGGAUCGCCCAGCCACUGGGACCGCGCCCUCUGCGCCGCCAUCGCCUGCGCCAUGUUCGCGUUGGGCGCUCAGCUUGGCGCCGCCCAGGCCUCCAUGCUUCUCAUGUCAUAUCAUGGCGACGUCUCCCCUGUCCUCCGCGACAUAGAGGCCGAACCUAAUGUCUCGCGUAUUGAGGAGGCCCAGUUCUGGCAGGUGCACUACGGUCUCUGCGUGGCCAACCUCAAGAUCUGCGUUGCGCGGGGCUGCGACGAAGGGAUCAUUAGCAAACUGCGUAGCAAGAUCACUUCGAUGAUCCAGAACCGACUUGGCGAGGGUUACGGCCGCGGCUCCAGCUUGCGAUGGGAGGUCACCAUUCAGACGAGCGUCGAAUCGAAUUGA